AUGGCUAUCUGCACAGCAACAACAAACAGUCUCCCGCAAGAAGUCGCCGAGGGAACCUCGCAGGCAGACAUGUAUUGUCGAGUCGUGGUGUUGCUGCUGGGAGCGACGGCCAUCUUGUCGGGCGGACAGCGCGCCUCGGCACGCCAAGGCGGCUACAGGUGGGAGCCAUUCAACCCUCAGCUGCCCAUCGACGCCAUGACGGAGGUGGUGGGCCAGUUCGCCGUGGACGUCCUGCAGGACCACGCGUUUUCGCAAGGGAACUUUGCGUUCUCGCCGUACGGCGCCACGUCGGUGCUGAUAGCGCUGUACGAGGGCGCGAGGGGGGAGUCAGCCAGGCAGAUCCACGACGCUCUGCGCCUGCCCUGGAACCACGACGUCCUCAGGAUCGGCUUCAGGGACCUGCAUAGGAAACUCAGGGUUCACUUCGUCCAUGAAGGAUUUCUCAAUGGUUUGACGUUUAGCAAAAACACGACAGAUUUUCGGCCAGAGUACUUACGUGCGCUCAGAUUCUACGGGUAUGAAAUGAAGCCUGUGAAUCGUGUUAAUGAGUCUUCAUUGACCACUCAGCGUCCAGAGACUACCAUUAGCCCCACGGAGCCAGAUGAAUCAAUUUCAGAGCCAGAAGUGCCUAGCACCACUCUUCCGAUGACUUCGGACAGCGGGCAAACCAGUCUUGGAGAUGGAACCACUGAAGUACCACUUGAAACAACAACAUACAGGGAAAAUUUCACAGAAAAAAACCCAGAGAGUAGGACUUCGGAAACUUCUUCUGCUACUGUAACUGAAGAGGCUGUAGGAACUGAAUCUCAAAUAUUAAAUAGUCAUACUACUAACUCUCUAAGCACAGAAGACAAACUGGUAACAUCAGAAUUAACUGUGACUACAGAAGUCCAAAGAAAUACUGAGAUGUCUUAUGAAAGUUCACAAAUUACCGACACCACGUCUUCAUUAAACGGGAAAACAACACAAAAGAGUAGCACAGAAGCUACUGUUUCAGAAGUCAUAAGUGAACAAACCACGAUAAUAAGCGAAUUAAGUACUACAGAACCAUAUUCACCGACGACAGAAGAGAGCCAAAAUGUUUCUGACCAACCCUCGACAACUCGUAUCAGCGAAGUUAACGCAACAGAUGAGAUUACUGAAACAUUGGGAACUACGACACCAGAAUAUACUUCAACUUCAAAAGAGAAUGCUCAAAGCUCUCCAACCAUAGGACCAAGUGAGACAGUCACACCAAACAGCCUGCCUACAACAACUGAUAUAAUCACAGAUACUUCUGUUCUGUCUUCAAGCACAGAGCAAGUGUCGACCUCCGAGAUUUCAGCAGAAAGCACAAUGACGACGAGCGAGAAGGAACUGAUCCCAACCACCGAGAACAGUCAACCAGAAUCCACCAGUGGCGACGACAGCAUAACGUCUAAUACAGUCACCGAAGUGAGCUCGUCAACCAUCGAACUAACAACAGAAUCUACCCCCACGCUAACAUCAGUGAACGAAGCCCCAGAGACGACCACCAGCCCUGCUGAAACAUCGACGAAUGCUGAGGGAACAGUGUCCUACAGUUCUACAAUUACUGCCGGAACUCGUGAGAGGAACGCACGAAGCAUCUCAACAACAGACUCAGAAACUGGGCGUGGGGACUUGUUAAGUGGAAAUCAGAGGUUUCCGAACAAAAUGAUGACGGAGAUGACAGGCAUCGGCGGAGGGAAGGGGUUCAGCCUGACCCUGCAGGACGAGCUGCUGGGCGCCAGGCAGCGGGGGCUGGCCGGAUCGGCAGGAGAGGCAGGGAAGGCGUCCAGGUCGCGGCUGCUGUUCCUGGCCGACGGCGCGGUUGAGGAGCGCGUGCCCGCCAUGGCCUUCGCCGCCGUGCUGCCCUUCGCCUACGUGCCGCGGCUCGACGCGCUCGCUCUGGAGCUGCCGCUCGAGAACAAGUGGCAUCGGUUGGUAAUCCUAAUGCCUCUGGGACUAAGAGGGCUUCAGGAACUAAUUUACGACCUUAGUUCUUAUCCGUUGGGAAGAGUUUUGAGAUCACUACAUCGAACAAGAGUCAGCGCUAUAAUCCCCAACAUAAUGGUCCAAGGAAUGGUUGAGCUAACUCAAACAUUGCGAAAGAUGGGCAUUUGCAACGUGUUCGACCCCAGGCGCGCCGACCUGUCCAGCAUGUCGCGCGACCCCGAGCUGUACGUCACGGACUUGGACCAGUCGAUCGUCGUGGACAUCAGCAGCGACCCCGGGCCAGAGGAGCCCCAAACCAGGGCGAAGAGUGGGCGACGCCGCGUGGAGCACUUCGUGGCGAAUCACCCGUUCCUGUACUUCGUGGUGGACCGGGACACGCGGGUGCCUCUGGUGGCGGGCCAGAUGGUGGACCCGCUCAACCCCCGCAUCCACUGACCCCCCGUCCCCCCGGGGCAAACGACGUGCCAGCCAGCUGCCUUCCAGGCGACCCGGUCUCACGCGCCUUGACACGAAGAUGCCCAACUUCACCCCUUCUCGAACAUUCUCACUCUGCUCUGUACCAAGACUGUAUUUCAUUCUUUUUUUUCUUCUCAAAAUGACUUUGCAAGCGUUCUAACACACUUAAAUACUUAUAAUAAGAUUUAAGGUCAGAAACUUACUAAGCUAGAAAAGAAAUUGAAAUUGACUACCACUUUUUAAUACUUUUCAUUAAUUUAAAUCUUUUGUUUUGGCUAAAAGACUGAAAAAAGUGAACUCUCCAUUCAAAUUACACAAAAUAGUUUGCUAUUUUGUUUUAGAAUUCAUAUAUUUACUAAGAAAGUUGUACAGGCUAACUACAUUAUUAAAAUUAUGGUACUCUAAGAAUUCUAAAAUUAAUUAAUUUUCCUAUGCUGACACAAGUUAAAAUAGGAUUAGUUAAAAUUUUAGCUACAACUCCAUUUAGUUUAGGUUAUCAAGUAACAAUCAUGUGAAUGGAUUUACGUAACAGAACCAAAGUUUUUAAAAUAACAAUGCAAAUUAGUCAAAGAUAUAUAUUUUUUAUUCUCACAUGUAAUAGCAAUCACACUUAACUCUCCAAGGACACUUUGUUAAUGUAUAUUGAAACAAUUAUGUAUAUAAAAGUAAAUAUGUAAAUUAUUAAAAAGUUUUGAAACUAUAAAA